AUGAAGACAGAUUUCAAGUUUUCCAACCUACUGGGUACGGUCUAUCGCAAAGGAAAUCUUCUUUUCACUCCCGAUGGCACCUGUCUGCUUUCCCCGGUAGGAAACCGGGUUACGGUCUUCGACCUUGUUCACAAUACAUCAUACACUCUCCCCUUUGCGCACCGCACGAACAUCGACCGUUUAGACCUGACGCCUCAAGGCAACCUCCUGCUGUCCGUUGACGAAAAUGGGCGCGCAAUCUUGACGAACUUCAAGCGCCGGAUUGUUAUCCACCACUUCUCUUUUAAGGGCCGUGUCUCCUCCCUCAAAUUCUCCCCGUCCGGCCGAUUCUUUGCUGUAGGAGUGGGGCGACGACUGCAGUUUUGGCACACCCCUUCAACGCCAGGUGCGGACAAUAAUGGAGAGCUUGAGUUCGCACCUUUUGUCUUACACCGAGACCUUGCUGGCCAUUUUGACGUCAUUCAGCAUUUGGAAUGGUCUCACGAUUCGCGUUUCAUUCUCACUGCUUCCAAGGAUUUAACAGCACGGGUAUGGAGUUUGGAUCCAGAGGAGGGCUUUGAACCCACCACAUUGGCAGGGCACCGGCAAGGUGUGAAGGCGGCAUUCUUUUCUGCUGACCAAGAAUCUAUCUAUACCGUUAGUCAAGAUGGAGCUUUAUUUAGGUGGGAAUAUGUGACCAAGAAAGACCCCGAUACCAUGGAUGACGUCGCCGAGGCCCGCUGGAGGAUUGUGAAAAAGGACUUCUUUAUGCAAAAUGAUGCCAAGGUCAAUUGCACUGCAUUCCAUGCCCCCACUAAUCUUCUAGUGGUGGGCUUUUCGAACGGUCUUUUUGGGCUCUACGACUUGCCCGAGUUCAACAUGAUACACCUUCUGAGCGUCUCCCAGAGCAACAUCGACUAUGUGACGGUAAACAAAUCUGGCGAAUGGCUGGCUUUUGGCUCCUCUAAGCAUGGCCAACUGCUAGUAUGGGAAUGGCAGUCCGAGUCGUACAUUUUGAAACAACAGGGUCAUCUCGAGUCUAUGGGCUCCCUAGUUUACUCCCCCGACGGCCAGAAGAUCGUUACGACUUCAGACGAUGGAAAAGUCAAGGUCUGGGACGUUAAGUCGGGCUUCUGUAUCGUGACAUUUACGGAACACAGCAGCGGAGUCACUGCUUGCCAGUUCGCCAAGAAAGGAAGUGUCUUGUUCACAGCUUCAUUGGAUGGUUCAGUGAGAGCGUGGGACCUCAUCCGUUAUCGCAAUUUCCGAACCUUCACCGCGCCGUCUCGAUUGUCAUUUUCUUCGCUUGCUGUCGACCCAAGUGGCGAAGUGGUCUGUGCCGGAUCUCCAGAUUCGUUUGAUAUUCAUAUAUGGUCUGUCCAGACCGGACAACUGCUUGAUCAACUCAGUGGCCACGAAGGCCCCGUUUCCGCUCUUGCUUUUGCUGCAGACGGCAACCACCUUGUCAGUGGUAGCUGGGAUCGUACAGUUCGCAUAUGGAGCAUUUUCGGGCGAACACAGACCAGCGAGCCGUUGCAACUCGUGUCUGAUGUUCUCAGCGUUGCUUUUAGGCCAGAUGGUAAACAGGUGGCUGCAUCAUCGCUAGAUGGCCAGUUAACUUUCUGGUCUGUGGCCGAUGCAGUACAAGAAAGCGGAAUUGAUGGUCGUCGUGACGUCUCAGGAGGCCGCAAGACAGCUGAUCGCCAAACCGCUGCAAACGCCGCAGGAACUAAGUUUUUCAACUGUAUUACAUACAGCGCUGAUGGAAGCUGUAUCCUCGCUGGAGGCAACAGCAAGUACAUUUGCCUGUAUGACGUGAGGACGGGCUCGUUGGUGAAGAAGUACACAGUUUCCGUCAACACCUCGCUUGAUGGUACCCAGGAGAUCUUAAACAGUCGCGACAUGACAGAAGCUGGUCCCCGAGACCUGAUCGAUGAGACAGGCGAGGCAUCGGAUCGCGAAGACCGUAUUGAUCGCUCCCUUCCUGGCGCAAAGCGUGGCGACGCUGGAGCUCGUACUACUCGGCCGGAAGUACGCGUCACUUCCGUUAAUUUCUCCCCAACUGGACGUGCAUUUUGUGCGGCGUCUACGGAGGGUCUUCUCAUCUAUAGCCUGGAUACAGAAUAUGUUUUCGAUCCCUUUGAUCUUGACAUUUCGAUCACCCCGGCUAGCAUUAUGGAGACUCUUGAGAAUGCCAAACAGGCAUAUACAACAGGCACGAGCGAUAAUGAUGACACUUUCCUGAAGGCGAUGGUUAUGGCGUUCCGGCUGAAUGUGUCGAAGUUUAUCCGCCUAGUUCAUGAAGCAGUCCCGCCGUCCGAAAUCUCUCAUGUCGUUCGUGCCGUGCCAACUGUCUACCUUCCUCGUCUGCUGCGUUAUGUCGCUCACGCCGCUGAGGAAACCCCUCACCUGGAGUUCAACUUGCUGUGGAUUGAAUCUCUCCUGAGCAGCCAUGGCCGAUAUUUUAAGGAAAAUUCCGGUACUUUUGCGCCAGAGCUUCGCGCUGUUCAGCGUGCCAUUGACGACAUCCGGGAGAACCUGAAGAGGAUGACAGAGAAGAACCUGUACGAUUUGAACUAUCUACUGUCGAAACCCGUACUUGCGGGCAAGAAGACGAGCAACACUCUAACCUUGGCGGAUGUUGAAACGGAUGACACGACAGCAAAUUAUGAGGACAUGGCUGGCACCGCAGGUGAGGAAGAGGAAUGGAUUGGGCUUGAGUGA